AUGGUCUUGAAUCAUCAUCAUGCUCCGAAACUUUCUAUUCAACCACAACAUCAUCAACAAGCCUCAUUAUUGAUAUCUGAUGAAAAAUCAAAUUCAGAAUCAAGUAUUAUUAAUAAUACAUCUAAUGGCUCACUCCGACAAGUGAGUUUUGUUGAUUCUUAUGAUUUACAAUUUGAACAAAAGUCAAGCAUUUCGCAGAACGCCAUGUUGUUGGCUGAUAUUAAUGGAGAUGGAUUUAAAGAAUUAAUUGUUGGAAAUACGUUCGGAACGUUGUGUAUUUAUCAAUUCAUCACACACAAACAUCCAAAAUAUAUUUGCCAUAAUUUAGGAACGAUAUCAUUUAUUACAAACACAGAAAUAGUGUGUUCAUGUACUGGUAAAAUCAUUCCAGUAUUACUUGUAUUGACAGCUGAAGGAGAGGCCCAUAUAUUCAAAUUGGUUGAUAAAUCGGUGGCCAUAGGUGUAUGUUUUGAUGAUUCACAAAGCAUUGAGAGUGAAAUCAACACUCAACAAUACACGGCUUGGAAUGACGAUGCAAGUGUAAAUAGCUAUGAAAGUGGACUUACAAUUGAUAGUGCUUUCAACACCUCUUUUCAUGAAUCCAGUUCACAACACCAGAUAUUGGAUGCAACCACACCUCCGUCGAUUCAUAUCCCAAGUGCCAAUAGCUCUACAUCCCUAGUUUCUCCUUCUUCUCCAAAUGUGACGGAACAACAAAAUACUAUUCCUCCAUCAAGGAGCCCGUCUCCACCUACUGUUUCAUUACCUACUCGUAUGCAUGAUCAUCACACUCACUUAAAAUCAUUGGCUAGGAGCGAAUUUAUCACUCCAAAUGCAACCUAUAGGAUACCAUGCAAUGUAAAUUGUGCUGUAUUUUUUGACAUUGACCAUGACGGCACAAAUGAAUUAAUAUUGGGAGGAAAUAACAGAAACCUAUUUGUUUACAAGUUUGGAGAGAAAAUUACAUUCUACAAGGAAGUAAAUACAAGAAAUAACCAAAUUCAUAGCAUGGCACUGCAUGAUGGAAUGCUAAUUAUUGGAUUUGUUUCUGGUGCACUUGGAAUUGUUCCCUCAAUAGAUACUGUUAUCAUUAUCGAGCCAAAGUAUAUUAAUUUUAAGAAUGAUCCACUAACAGUUGUAGGAAAUAUCAAAUUUGGAGAAAAUAAUUGUAUUGCCAUGUGUGGACUUAGUGGAGAAGUUAUUAUUCUAGAUCCUCUAAAACAUUUCCAAAUAUCGGAACUACUUCACACUAAAGGAACUCAGAUGUUCAAUUCUUCGAUGGGCAAAACUAAGCAAAACUAUUAUCAGCAUUAUGACUACAUUUUAAACAUCCAACAUGAGAUUCUUUCAAUAAGCGCUCACCAUUUCGUAACCACAUCCACAGAUUCUCAGGUUGUCAUUUCUUCUUGGGAUGGCAUCAUUUACAUUUUAGAUAAGGACAAGAACAUUGUGACCUAUAAUUUCAAAUCACCACUUGCGAAUUGCUAUUGUGGCCUUUUUUUCUCUCACACCACGACAUAA